AUGGAUCACUCUCCCUCAUCCACCGCUGGGGAUCACGCUUCUGAGCACUCUCCCUCGCCAACUGGAGCCUCUAGGGAUCACUCUCCCUCGCCCACUGAAGUUGCGACUGAAGCUUCUAAGGAUUACUCUCCCUCGCCCACCACUAGGGACCACGCUUCUGAGCACUCUCCCUCACCAACUGAAGCCUCUGGGGAUUGCUCUCUCUCGCGCACUGCUGCGACUUCUAGGGGUAACUCUCUCUCUCCCACCAAAGCUGGGGAUCAUGCUUCUGAGCCCUCCCUAUCGCCGUCUCCCUCACCUUCUAGGGAUCACUCUUCCGAGCCUACUUCCAACUCUCCCUCGCCAACUGAAGCUUCUGGGGGUCCCUCGCCUUCGCCUUCGCCUUCGCCUUCGCUAUCGCAAGAGUCCCCAAUAGACUUGGCAACGUCACGUGAAAAUUCUAGGGAGCAAUCGCCCACUGAAGCUUCCAAUCAACACUCGCCAGACUCGAGGGAGCAUUUGUUAGCAGAAGGGAGCUCACGUGGUUAG